CAUGUCCACUUUAUAGUAUGUGAGGGAAAUUAUUAGUAAAUAGAUUUCAACUCUAUAAAAUCCUAUUGGUGAAGAUAAAAAGGCAUUGGGUAACACUUAAACUUAUCAAAAUAGAAUCUGAACCAUAUCAUAAUUUGCAAAAGUCAAGUGUAUUACUUGAAUCCAGGUGUUUCAAUGAUCAUCAAUUAUAGGAUAAAAAAUGUAGAUAAAUAUUAUCCAAAUUGAUAUAUCUAAUCAAUUAAGUAUCUUUUAAUACUAAUACUUUUAUAAUAGGGUGAAAAAUUCAAUGAUCAAGAAUCUUUGAGUUUAUUUUUUGGAAUUACUAAAUUGUUUUAAUCUAAUAAUGUAGAUUUGAGAAGAAUGAUCUAUUUAAUGAUUAAGGUAAUAUAUAAAUAUAUAAUUAUUAUAGGAAUUUAAAGAUGAGAAUUCCAUGUAUGUAGUAAUUAGUUGUUUGGCCAAAGAUAUCACUUCCAAAAAUGAUUUAUUUAGAAUUAAUGCCUUACGUACAUUACCUUAUGUUCUUGAUUAAUCUAAUUUGGUUUAAUUGGAUAGAUAUUUAAAAAAUGUAUAGAAUUAAAUUUCAUUUAGGCAAUCCUUGAAAAAAGUUAACCAAUCUCAAGUGCUGCUUUAAUAGCUGGUUUAUAGAUUUUUAGAAUUAGUCCUGAUUUCAUUAGAAAAUGGACCAAUGAAGUUGCUGACAGACUCAAUUCUAAAUAUCCAUAAAAUAGUUUUCAUGCAUUAUUAUUAUUACAUGAAAUCAAAAGCAAUGACAAAGUCACAUUCACUAAAAUCUUAACUGGAUUAACUAAAGAAACUCUUGUUCCCAUUGCCAAUAUGUAAGUAAUUAGAUUCAUUAGAGAAAUUCUUAAUACUGAUGAAUUAGAUUAACAAUAUGAAAAAGUAAGUAUCUCUAAUAUAUUUAGUUAUUCAUUGAAUAUUUAUUAAGACAAAUACACAAAUCUUAAGAAAUAGUCAUUUUUGAAGCUUGUAAAGCAUUAUGUGAUUUGAAAUCACUAUCUAAUAAAGAUCUAUAACCAAUGGUUUAGGUUGUUACUGUCUUUUUGCAAUCAAGUAACGUAAUCAAUAAGUUUGUGGCACUCAAAAUUUUAAAUAGAUUAAUCUCAAAUCCUAUAAGAAGAUCCCUCAUUACACCUUCACAUAUUGAACCAUUAAUAUAGGAUUCAAAUAAAUCAUUAUCUUCUUUGGCUGUUUCAAUAUUAUUAAAGGUUUGUUAAGAAACCAAUAUUGAAAGACUUUUAAAUUAAAUUUAUGAAUAUUUAAAUGAUAUGAGUGAUGAAUUCAAAAUUGAUGUCCUCAGAAGUGUCAAAGCAUUAGCAAAGAACUCUCCAAAUAAAUGGAAAUCCAUUAUUAGUUUCCUUCAAUAAACAUUUAAAUGUGAGGCGUCAUAAGAAUUUAAAAAAUAUUCAAUUGAAAUCUUUGAAUUUAUUAUUCAUGAAAUUCCUGAAGCAAGAGAAAAUGCUAUUAUGGCUUUAGCAGAUUAUAUAGAAGAUUGUUAACUAAGUUCAUUACAAUUAAGUGUAUUGAGCAUUCUCAAUAGAGAAGCAGCAAAAGGAUAAUGUCCUACAAGAGCAAUUAGAAUUGUAAACAAUAGACUUCAUCUUGAAGAUGCAGAAAUUAGAGCUGCAGCAGUUGGAGUACUUGGUAAAUUCCUCCUACAUUAUCCUCAUGAAAAAACAAACCUUAUUGAAUUAUUAUAAGCUGCUGCUUAAGAUCCUGAUGAAGAAGUCAGAAAUCGUUCACGAUUCUAUAUUAGUGAAUCUGCAGCACCAAAAGAAGAGAAUACUCCAUUAUCAAUUGAAGAAUUAGAUGCAAUUGAAGCUUAUUUACAAUAAAAUAUUUAAGAAAUUCAACAAUCUAAUGAAGAAGUAUUAUAAUUAGAAAAGAUUAUGGCAUAUGCAGAAUAAAAUAAAGGAAAGAUUAAAAAGACUGAAGUAUUAUAAGAAUUAGUAGAAGAGGAAUUGAUUUAAACUCAUGAAUCUGAAUCUGGAUUUGAAACUUACAAGAAAUUAUUCAAGGAAAGUACAAUCUUUUGUGAUUAUGGUGUAUUGAGAAAAUCAUCAAGAGCAUAAAAUUUAACUGAUUCUAAAUGUGAAUAUUUAGUAACAGUUGUUAAACACUUUUUUGAUAAUCAUAUAAUAUUGGAGUAUAAGGUAAAGAAUACAUUAGACAAUGUUACAUUAAGUGAUGUCUCUUUAGAAUUGACAAUAAAGAAUGUAAAUCUUCAAUUUGAAAGAAUUGUACCAGCAAAACAAAUUCAACCAUAAUGUGCUUCCAAUAUUUUAGUAGGAUUACAAUUCAAUCCAAAUUUGAGAUUAGUAUCAUCUAAUAUUCAAAGUAUAUUAACAUUUACAGUAAAUGAAAAUGGAACCACUUAUUAAGAUGAAUACUAAACUGAAGAUUUUAUUAUUACUUACAGUGAUUUCUUCUUACCUAUAUAAUGGUUUAAGUAAGAUUAUUAAUAAUUAAAAUAGAAAAUUCUAGACUGAAUGGGAAUCUCUUAAAUCAUAAGAAAUGUCAGCUACCUAUUAAUUGGAUUAUAAGAAUACUGAUAUUGCAAUAAAAGAAUUAGUGAAACAUUUCGGUAUUUAUUUAUGAUUUAUAAAAUUUAGGAUUUUAAGUUUGUGAUAAUUCUGAUUAAAUAUAGCCUUAAAAUAAGUUUCAUACUUUAUUAUUAUCAGGCAAAUAUUUGGAUACAAAGAAUGCAUUAGUGAUAUGUUAGAUAGGAUUUUAAUAGAAUAUAGGAUGUGUAUUGAAAAUUAAGUGUAAAUCUGAAGAAGAUAAUUUAAGUACAAAUAUUGUUGAAACCCUUGGUUGA